CCUCGCUCCGACUCGGGCGCGCAGUGCGCCGGCACCGAGCCCGGGGUUGCCGCUGCUCACCGACCCCCGGCCCCCUAACGCGCCGCGCCCAGGCUGCGCCGGGCAGUGGAGCCUCCCGGAGCGGCUGGGGCUUUGGCGGCCGCUCGCUGUUCCGUCUGGCCGGACGACUGGCGGGGAAGGAAGGGGAGAGCGGGGACACACACUCGCCGCGGCGCGCACGCAUUGCACACUCGCAGCCGCGCGCCCCCGCCGAGGUGCGUCCGGGCCACUUUGGCCCCGCGGCUCGGCCCCGACACCUGCCGGCUCCCCGCGCUGCUCUCGGGUGCCGACCCCGCCCCGCCGACCUUCCUGCCCUAGGUCUGAACAGCUCUCCCUUCGCUGGGGGUAAGCAACUACCUCCCGAUAACUUGCAGACUGUGGCGCAACUGGUCUCGACAGCGGGGGCGCCCGAAUGCUGCCCUGGUGAGGGACCUGGGAAGGAAAACAGUUUCAACAAUGAGUAAUAGGCCACCCAUCAUGACCAACUACAGAUGACUUGCCAUUUCAUUUACAAAGAUGUCGUCUGCUGCUGAAAAUGGAGAUGCAGCACCUGGAAAACAAAAUGAAGAAAAAACCUAUAAAAAAACUGCAUCCUCUGCUAUCAAAGGUGCUAUUCAGCUGGGAAUAGGAUACACAGUGGGUAAUCUCACUUCCAAGCCAGAUCGGGAUGUUCUCAUGCAAGACUUUUAUGUGGUGGAAAGUGUGUUCCUACCCAGCGAAGGGAGCAAUCUGACCCCAGCACAUCACUACCCAGACUUCAGAUUUAAGACAUAUGCUCCACUAGCAUUCCGGUACUUCAGAGAACUCUUUGGUAUCAAGCCUGAUGAUUACUUGUAUUCCAUCUGCAGUGAACCUCUAAUAGAGCUGUCCAAUCCCGGAGCCAGUGGAUCCUUGUUUUUUGUGACCAGUGAUGAUGAAUUUAUCAUCAAAACAGUUCAGCACAAAGAAGCUGAGUUCCUUCAGAAGCUACUGCCAGGCUAUUAUAUGAAUUUAAACCAGAAUCCAAGGACUCUCUUGCCAAAAUUUUACGGACUGUAUUGCAUGCAGUCAGGGGGCAUUAACAUCAGGAUCGUGGUGAUGAACAACGUCUUACCACGCUCCAUGAGGAUGCACCUUACUUAUGACUUGAAAGGCUCUACAUACAAGCGGAGAGCAUCUCGAAAAGAGAGAGAGAAGUCCAACCCCACAUUUAAGGACUUAGAUUUCCUGCAGGACAUGCACGAAGGGUUGUAUUUUGACACCGAAACGUACAAUGCGCUCAUGAAAACGCUUCAGAGAGACUGCCGGGUGCUGGAAAGCUUCAAGAUCAUGGACUAUAGCCUUUUGCUGGGAAUCCACAUCUUGGACCAUUCCCUCAAAGACAAAGAAGAGGAGACUGCACAGAAUGUGCCUGAUGCUAAGCGGCCUGGGAUGCAGAAGGUCCUCUACUCAACAGCGAUGGAAUCCAUCCAGGGUCCAGGGAAAUCUGGGGAUGGGAUCAUCACAGAGAACCCAGACACAAUGGGAGGCAUUCCAGCUAAAAGCCAUAAGGGAGAAAAGCUACUUUUAUUUAUGGGCAUUAUUGACAUUUUGCAGUCAUAUAGAUUAAUGAAGAAAUUAGAACAUUCUUGGAAAGCUCUUGUUUAUGAUGGGGACACCGUUUCAGUUCAUAGACCAAGCUUUUAUGCAGACAGAUUUCUGAAAUUUAUGAACUCCAGGGUUUUCAAGAAAGUUCAAGCUUUGAAGGCCUCACCGUCUAAGAAACGUUGCAAUUCCAUCGCUGCCCUGAAGGCCACCUCCCAGGAGAUCGUGUCCACCAUUAGCCAGGAAUGGAAGGGUGAGAAGCGCGAUUUGCUGACUGAAGGGCAAAGUUUUAGCAGCCUUGAUGAAGAAGCACUGGGAUCCCGACACAGACCAGACCUGGUGCCUAGCACUCCGUCCCUGUUUGAAGCUGCUUCCUUGGCAACCACAAUUUCAUCUUCUUCCUUAUAUGUCAAUGAACAUUAUCCACACGACCGAACUACGCUUUAUUCAAACAGUAAAGGGUUACCUUCCAGUUCAACAUUUACCUUGGAAGAGGGGACCGUCCACCUGACUUCUGAGCCAAAUGCUCUGGAAAUGCAGGACGAUAAUGCCUCUGUGCUUGACGUCUAUUUACCUACAGAAGACCUCAGCGAGAAGCCAAGCACAGGCGCCUGCGACCCUUGGCCACCAGGUGUCGCUGCCGCAUCCCCGAGUCGGAGGGAGGAACGGCCGCAGAUCGCGAGCAGCAUGUGGACGCUUGGGCGCCGCGCGGCUGCCAGCCUUCUGCCCGGCUCGGCGCCCUCGGGCUCGUCCCAGGCCCGCGCCGGGAACCUGCGGCAGACGAAGGCCUCCCCGCUCCACUGCCCGCCGGGCCUGCGCCCCGGGACCAGCGCAUCCGGCGGGCCGGGCGACUCGAGUUCAAACCACCACUGCCUCCACCAGAUUCUGAAUGUCAAAAAGCAGAGUAUCUGUUUGAUGAAUUUGAGGACAGCAGGAACUUUGGGCAACCCUGGCAACUCUCUGGAUGAGACCACCUAUGAAAGGCUGGCAGAAAAGACACUGGACUCCUUAGCAGAGUUUUUUGAAGACCUUGCAGACAAACCUUACACAUUUGAAGACUAUGAUGUCUCCUUCGGGAGUGGUGUUUUAACAAUUAAACUAGGUGGGGAUCUAGGAACCUACGUGAUCAACAAGCAGACUCCAAACAAGCAAAUCUGGCUAUCUUCGCCAUCCAGAACUGGGCUGUGUGCUCUGUGGAGGUGAGAGAGCAUUUUAAGCUGCUACUUCCGAGCAUGUAAUCCCCCUGCCUUUUCCAUUGAUGUGCUUUCAAACUAGCAGAAUAAAAGAUUGUGUUGGAGACCGCCUGCACUGUGUCUCAAGGCCUGAGAAACAUGCAGGAGGAGAGGUUCCCUCAUCCAUCCAGCUGCUGCUGAAGUAUUUGUAAGAAAGUGAAAGAGACACUCACAAAAAGCUCUCAGA